CCUCCGUUUUCCCUCUCAUGCGUUUCUUGUCUUCUCUUUCAUCCCCCUCCGCUUGAAACCAGCCCCCUUCUGCACGGGUCCUGUCCUACACCACAGGAAAGCUUCACAAACCCAUUACCUUUCCGUCCGGACACUCGUCAGAGACUCCUGAGAGAGAUCUCUUACUCUUAUUUUAAUCGGAAAUCGGUUGUUUUCAGUCAAGUUUGCGUUCAUAGUUCACGUCUGAAGUGAUUUUCUACUUUAAAAAGCUCUGAGAAGUUGCUUUAGUCAGUAGCAGUAAGCUAAGCUAGCUAUCUGCCUGCCUGCCUAGGCGAGCCGUUGGUUGACGUCGCGAGCGCACGGACUGCGCGCGCGAGGCGAGUCGCGCCGGAUGUCUCGCGAGCUGAACUCGGGAUGAUUCUGAGAGGAUUCUGAGAGGAUUCUGAGAGGACUCGGACUGUGAGAGGAUUCUGAGCGGAUUCUGAGAGGACUCGGACUGUGAGAGGAUUCUGAGAGGAUUCUGAGAGGACUCGGACUGUGAGAGGAUUCUGAGCGGAUUCUGAGAGGACUCGGACUGUGAGAGGAUUCUGAGCGGAUUCUGAGAGGACUCGGACUGUGAGAGGAUUCUGAGCGGAUUCUGAGAGGACUCGGACUGUGAGAGGAUUCUGAGCGGAUUCUGAGAGGACUCGGACUGUGAGAGGAUUCUGAGCGGACUGUGAGAGGAUUCUGAGAGGACUCGGACUGUGAGAGGACUGUGAGCGGACCCUGGUGAAAAAAUGAAGAGAGGACGGAGUAGACGGAUAUUUUAAGACUAAAAAAAAGAAGGAAGAAAGAAAGAAAGCUCUAGAUGAAAUUCUUGAGGUGAUCUUGAGCUGGAUUUCUUCAGAGGGGAAAGCUGUUGGUGGAAUCAAUGCGGUUCCGGCUGAAAGGACGCGCGGUCCGAAACUCGCCUGAAAGGUACACCACGCCAACAGGCUUCGAAACACUGCAGUUGAUACGUCUUGGGAGUGAUGCACUGGCUUCCCCUGGUUGCCAUGGUGAUUGCCUCGGCCCUGUUCUUCCCUCAUUGUCCCAGUGUGCCCAGGCUUGUUGAUGCAACAAUGGAGCCUGGCAACAACUUCAGCACCAGAUCACUCGUAAAUCCCAUUUCCAAAUCUACCAAUUCUCAUGCGGAAUACACGUCAAGUGGUAAAAAAGCAGAAGAAAAAUUACCUCACAGGACAGCAGAUACCCACGUUCAGACUGAUCUGAAGGUUAACGGCACAUCUUCAUUUGUGAAUGAGGACUUUUCACCUGAAAGUAAUGAACACAAGAAGGCAAAGCCAGGCAGGAUGGACCUCGAGUUGCAAACUCCAAACAAACUUCAAGAACACCACAGUUUCCAGGAGAACCACAUACUUAGGGAUUACACAUCAACAGACGAUCAGAUUCAGGAGGAUAGCAAGCUAAAAACUCAUAUUGAAGAUGGGACGAAAGACAAUGGGCUGAAUAGGAGAAAUGAGGAGGUGUCAGUGGAAAGAUUGACAUUAAAAGAGUGGCCAAGGGACCUGUACCCUGCAGACAGGCCUACAACCAAGGAGGAUCCAAGGGAGGUGGGCAGAGAUGGAACUAAGGGAAACACAUUGCCCAUGAUGCCUGCAGUACUCCCUGAGGGCUUGGGAUUGGGCCUAGAUGGACUCCUGCAGGCAGAUGAUGAACUUUUGCUGCUGGAUACAAACCCUCGAGUGCUGUUCUCCACUUCCCCUUCACCUCCCAAACAUCCUCCUUUGCAAAUAAUGCUGGAAUUGGGGCUCAUGCACGAGCAACAGGAAGAACAUGAAAUGGACGACAAGGAGAUAAAGUUGGAGAAGGGUGAAGAUGGAGAAUCCUACAGAAACCUCCUGCUGGAUUUACCAAACUCAUCAGAGCACGCAACGCCAUCCCCACGCCGUAGGAAGCGCGAACCCACACAUAACGGCAUUGAGCGCUCGGUUUGUGAGUCUAUAAGCAGCUGGGUGAUGGACCGGCGAACGGCGAUUGACACGCAUAGGCAAAACGUCACUGUCCUGGACAAAUUUCCCACCAAGAGGGGCAUGAUAAUGCAGUACUUCUACGAGACACGGUGCCGCGGACCAGAUCACCGUGGAGUGCAACCUGGGGAGCAUGGACUAGCUGGAGCUGGCUGCCUUGGCGUGGAUAAGCGCCAUUGGGUGAGCGAGUGUCAGACCAAGCAGUCAUUUGUGAGAGCAUUCACAUCAGACAACACCAGGAGGACAGGAUGGAGGUGGAUCCGCAUCGAUACAUCAUGCGUCUGCGUGUUGUACUCGAAGACACAAAGAACCCGAGCCUUAAACACACGUCAGGGAACGAGAUGAGUGUGACAUGGGGAAACAUUAAGUCACCUGGUUAUGGUUUUGGUAUGAGGUACAUAGUGCCUUAUAGCGCAUUAUAUCGACUGUAGCCCAUCACAUCUACCCCACCCAUCAGUGUAAAGGGAAUACCAUAAGAGCAGAUAUAUAGGAGAUUUUGGGGUUCAUUGUCAGACAUGGUAGUGUGUGUGGUGCAUGUACGAGUGAAUUGGCAGCAGUAAUGGUGUUGUAGCUGUUGCUGGAUUGAGGACAAUAAACACACACUGUACACAGAAUGUGUGCACCUUA